AUGUCACGACGUUUUCGUCAACUUGAAGGUGUCGAUAAAUUAUUGUCGAAGAAGCGUAGACUAACUUCAAGAACAUCAGAGAGCUCAAAUACAUCUAAGGAAGAAUCAUUUCCAAUUUCACCCAAAAAAAAAGAUGCUUCAGAACAGGUCAAAUCAAAAUGGACAAAUCGUGAGCGUGUUCUGAUUUUUUGUUCUCGUGGUGCAUCCUAUCGUAUGCGUCAUCUAAUGAAGGAUUUCUUAAAUUUAAUGCCUCAUAGCAAAUCGGAUAACAAAAUGGACAAGAGGAAUAGUUUGGUAUUAAUUAAUGAGAUUGCUGAGAUAGCAAACUGUACCAAAUGUCUGUAUUUCGAAAACAGAAAGCAUACGGAUCUAUACUUAUGGAUAUCAAAUACAACACACGGUCCAUCUGUAAAAUUUCUGGUGCAUAAUGUGCACACGAUGGAUGAAAUGCGGAUGUCUGGUAACUGUUUGAAGGGAUCGCGACCGGUGCUUUCGUUUGACUCUACUUUUGAUAGCCAGCCACACUUCUCACUUAUCAAGCAACUUCUAAUGCAGACAUUCAGUACGCCAUAUCAUCAUCCCAGAAGCAAACCAUUUAUUGAUCAUGUUUUCACAUUUUCAAUAACUGCAGAUGGUAAAAUAUGGUUUCGAAACUUUCAAAUUGUUGAUGAAACACUUGAACUUCAGGAGAUCGGACCACGCAUGGUAUUGGAAAUUAUUCGCAUUUUCGAUGGGUCAUUUGAAGGCUCCGUUUUAUAUGAUAACCCUAAUUACGUUAGUCCGAAUAAGGUCCGGAGUGAAAUUAAGAAAAGGCAUUCUCAUAAAUAUGUCAUGAAGAAGCUGGCUGAAAAAGCCCAUGGAAUAAAGUUAGCGGAACAAGCGGCUGUGAAAAUGCCCGAUCCCUUGGGUGAAGUUUUCGAUACUGAAAGAAUACUUGAUAAUCCCCGAGCAAAAGAAAUCAAGCGAAUCAUAGAAAAGAAGAAAAAGACGAAGAGUAAAACAAGGGAAAAUUACACUGCGGGUUAA